UGCCAGUUAGUCUCCGCCCCUCCUGAGUGUGUGUGUAGGUGACUAAAAACUUGCAUGAUACGACUCGACUGUGUAUGAGUUUUGGCUGCUAAUCCACCACAGUUGUUGAAGGCCUGAAUUUUAAGAGCUUAGCACUGCCUAAAACAGAAUGUCUAAAAGUGAACCAGAAGACAUGAUAGAGAUUGAGAUCGAUGAACGGGAGAAGCAGGCAUGCCUGGAGGAAGGUGUCGAGGAGCAGACCAUCACUGCAUCAGAUUUGAUUCAACAAGAUAUUGACAUCAAUGAGCCCAUUGGCAAUUUGAAGAAGCUUUUGGAGCCCCGUAUCCAGAUGUCACUGGAUGCAUAUGAGAUCUGCUUGCAGGACAUUCAGCUUCACCCUGAUCACAGCCUCUUCGAUCAGGGAGUAAAGACAGAUGGUACAGUGCAGCUCAGCCUGCAGAUUAUAACCAAACCGGGUGAGGAGAAGUUGAACAUUUUGGAAAUUGUGAAGCCAGUAGAAACAGUAGAGGUGGUGAUUGAUCCAGACGCAGCAGGAGAAGAAGGGACUCUGGUGGAGGAGGGUCAGCUCAUUGCUGUGGAGCGAUCUGGCCUUUCUGAUGAGACGUCGGAGCAGGUUACACGCUGGGCCGCAGCACUUGAAGGCUACCGCAAAGAGCAGGUUCGCCUGGGCAUACCAUAUGACCCGGUGCUCUGGUCAGCUGACCAGGUGAUCCACUGGGCUGUGUGGGUAAUGAAGGAGUUUAACAUAGAUGAAAUGGAAAUAGGCAGCAUUCACAUUCCAGGUCGAGACCUCUGCUCAUUCAACCAGGAUGAGUUCCUUCAGAAAGUGCCCAACGGAGAAAUACUCUGGAGCCAUCUGGAACUCCUCCGCAAAUAUGUGCUGGCAAGCCAGGACCAGUCUGGAGGGGACGCUACCGUCACCAUUGAUCAGCCUGUGCAGAUAAUCCCGGCUCAAGUGAGCACACCCACUGCUAUAAAGGUAUUGAAGCAGAGCCGCGGCCCCAGGACUCCCCGAAUUUCAGGAGGAGAGGAGCGAAGCUCACCGGGCAACCGCACAGGCAACAACGGUCAGAUCCAGCUGUGGCAGUUCCUGCUAGAGCUGCUGACAGAUAAGGAUGCAAGAGACUGCAUCUCCUGGGUGGGUGAAGAGGGCGAGUUCAAACUCAACCAGCCAGAGCUUGUGGCGCAAAAAUGGGGCCAGCGCAAGAACAAGCCUACAAUGAACUACGAGAAACUCAGCAGAGCCCUUAGGUAUUACUACGACGGGGACAUGAUCAGCAAGGUGCAGGGCAAGCGCUUCGUCUACAAGUUUGUGUGCGACCUGAGAACUCUGAUUGGUUAUAGUGCCGCUGAACUCAACAACCUGGUGACAGAGUGUGAACAGAAGAAACUGGCUCGCAUGCAAAUGCACGGCAUCGGUCAGCCCAUCACUACUGUGACCCUGGCCACCACAACACUAGACAAAGACAGCUGAAGGCCGCAUCACAGCGCUCUCCAGCUGCUGCAGGCAGACUUUGCUCUCCACCAGUGAUUGGAAAUCAAAUCAACUUUCUUAUUCUAUAUUUUUCUUUUUUUUGACACUGUGUUCUUUAGGCACAGAAAUGCAAGGCUGAUCGCUGAUCAUUGUGGAUUAACAACUUUGUUAUUGUCUUUACAGUUUGAUUGAAGUUUUUUUUUUUCUUCUUUUUUUUUCUUCUUUUUUUAAGCUUUUCUUUAACUCAAACCAAGAGAAGCAGCAUGUUCAGGAUGACGGGGGGAGUGUCUGAGCGAGGAAAUACAUUUGUGUGCAUGUGACUGAAUGCUUGAAUGUGCGACUGAAAAUUUAUGAGCUUUGUGUAAUGUUCCUUGUCUGUAGUUUAGAAGAAUUUCCACUGUAUAUACCGGUACUUCAUGUUUUUGAUAGCCACAAGGACAAGUGUAUUUUCAUAUUUUCCAUUUAUAGAGGCCCUGUUUUGUAUUUUAUCUAGUGUUUGUUCCCUAAAUUGUUGGACCCUUUUCUGUCCACCAGGGGGAAUAAAGUGGCAAGCAUUUUUCAUAA